CCGUGUUUUCCCGCCUCCUCCUCGCGGAGGUCAGACAGUGGAGGACAGGAACGGGACCCGGAAGCUGCUCCGGUUCUGGUUCUGGUUCUGUUUCUGUCUGUAAUCCGGUCCGAGCGGCACCAUGAGCAGCGGACUGUGUCUCAGAGUCCUGCGGGGAUCCGGCUCCGCUCCGGCAGCCUCCUGGAGCCGGAUCCUGUCCAGGUCCGGACCCCGCAGAGGGCUGUCCGGGUCCGGGUCCGGGUCCGGGUUCGGGUCCGGGUCCGGAACCAUGAACGUGUUCAACAGGGAGAUGAAGAAGAGGCAGAAGAACUGGGCCUCCUCUCUUCAGGACGGACACCAGUACGACUACCUGAGGGACGAGGUUGGCAGUCGAGUGGCAGAUCGGGUCUAUGACAUUGCGAGGACGUUCCCUCUGGCUCUGGACCUCGGUGGGGGCAAAGGUCACAUACGGAUACAUCUGUUUCAGGAGGUGGUCGAGCGUUUGUUUCUCACCGACGGCUCCGAGGAAACUCUGAAGCAGAGGAGGAAGAGCGAGAUCCCGACUCGGUGCGUCCUCGCUGACGAAGAGUUUCUGCCGUUCAAAGAGAACACCUUCGACCUGGUGGUGAGCAGCCUGAGCCUGCACUGGAUUAACGACCUCCCUGGAGCUCUCAAACAGAUCCACCAGGUGCUGAAGCCGGACGGCGUGUUCAUCGGGGCGAUGGUGGGCGGGGAGACCCUGUACGAGCUGCGGUGUUCCCUCCAGCUCGCAGAGACCGAGAGGGAGGGAGGAUUCUCCCCCCACGUCUCCCCCUACACCGCCGUCACCGACCUGGGCAACCUGCUGGGCCGGGCCGGCUUCACCAUGCUCACCGUGGACAUUGAUGAGGUUCAGGUUCACUAUCCAGGAAUCACUGAGGUUAUGACUGAUUUACAAGGUAUGGGUGAGAGUAACUGUGCCUGGAACAGAAGGUCACUUCUGCACAGAGACACCAUAUUAGCAGCAGCUGCUAUUUAUAAAGAGAUGUACGGGAGCGGAGUACGGUCCAUCCCCGCACCUUUCGAGAUCCUCUCAUGAUUGGGGCUGGAAG